UCGCUGCUGAACCAGUCCUCCAAACCACUGGAGUUGCGCCUUCGAAGCGGCUUUUCUCCGUACAGUCUUUGAAUGGAGCACGGCGGACCCGCAGGUGUAGCUCAGAUCCACUGAAAGCAGACGAGAAUACACCGCCUUCGAGGACGAAACACCGACCUCUGAAAACUUACUGCUUCAGUCUGCUCUCGGCAGCCAGCUUCUCCACCGUGGUCAAUCAGCGACUUUUCAGUUGCUGAACACUACAACAGAAAAACGGCUUCAGCACUGAGGUAGCAGAGGAGGAGGAAAACCCCCGAAACUCAAAGGAUAUGGAGUCAACCAAGGCUGGAGGCGUAAUAGCCUACAUCAGCUCUUCCAACUCUGGCUCAAGUCCGGAGUCGUGCCACAGCGACUCCUCCAAUGGCAGCUACCAGUCGUCCUCCCCGCCCCAUGGCUCUUCGCCCAGUCGCCACCAGCAGAGUCAGCUGGUGGACGCCGCCGGCGGCCAAAACCUUCCAGGGACUCAGAAAAGCGGACGCUCAUCCUCUACUGCAAAAUGUGGCAUCACAAAAAUCAACGGCCUGGUGCUGCUGUGUAAGGUGUGUGGCGACGUGGCCUCUGGUUUCCACUAUGGCGUCCAUGCUUGUGAAGGCUGCAAGGGCUUCUUCAGGAGGAGCAUCCAGCAGAACAUCCAGUAUAAGAAGUGCCUUAAGAAUGAGAGCUGUCCCAUCAUGAGGAUCAACAGGAACCGCUGCCAGCAGUGCCGCUUCAAGAAAUGCCUGAUGGUGGGGAUGUCCAGAGACUCUGUGCGCUUUGGCCGAAUCCCCAAGCGGGAGAAACAGCGCAUGCUGCUGGAGAUGCAGAGUGCCAUGAACAACAUGAUGAACAACAGCCAGCUGCACAGCGGCCAGACGCUACCUAUUGGCAAACAGCUGCCGGCCAGUGCCACAGAACCUACCUCGGAGGACGCCAGCCCCGCCCCCUCCUGCUCACCAUCCAGCCAGUCAGACUCCAGCUCUGACCCCGAACCCACGGUGCCCAUGGACACCAGCCCCAGCUCAGCCUCACCCAGCGCGUCGGACAGCGGGGAGGAGGAGGUGAUCGGCUCUGUGACCAGGGCCCACCAGGAGACCUUCAUGUACAACCAGGAACAGAGCAGCCUGACAGCUGAGGCUCCGCCCCCCACAGCCCCCCUGAACAGCGGUUGUACCAAAACCACCACGAACCACAGGACAGAGGAGCGACAGGACACCUGGAACCACCACAACAACCUGCUCACCAUGGCAGCACAGGAGCCCCCCUCCAGCGUGGGCCCCCAGGAUCAGGAGGACAACACCACCAACCACUGCCCCUUCAGAGUGUCCAGGAGUGCUGCCACCAGCCACUGUCCAGCCUACACGCAUGGAGCAUUCAGAGCUCCGUCCACAGAGGGGCCCGUCAACGGAGUCCACAGUGGGCCCCUGUGGAGAGGAGGCAACAGAAUGUAUCUGGUUUGUCCCAUGAACACGUCUGCUCAAGUGGACCCUCAGAAGUCUGGCCAUGAGGUGUGGGAGGAGUUCUCUCACAGCUUCACCCCCGCUGUCAGGGAGGUGGUGGAGUUUGCCAAGAAGAUCCCAGGCUUCAGAGACCUGUCCCAACCCGACCAGGUCAGCCUGCUGAAGGCUGGCACCUUUGAGGUGCUGGUGGUUCGCUUCGCCUCUCUCUUCGACGUGAAGGACCGCACCGUUACCUUUCUGGGUGGGAAGAAAUACAGCGUGGACACUCUGAGGGCCAUGGGGGCUGGAGACCUCCUUAACUCCAUGUUUGACUUCAGCGAGAAGCUCAUCAACCUGGGCCUCAGCGAGGAGGAGAUGAGCCUCUUCACUGCGGUGGUCCUGGUCUCUGCAGAUCGUUCAGGCAUCGAGAACGUGAACUCCGUGGAGGCCCUGCAGGAGACGCUGAUCCGCGCCCUGCGAAGCCUCAUCACCAAGAACCACCCCAACGAGUCGGCCAUCUUCACCAAGCUGCUGCUCAAGCUGCCUGACCUGCGCUCGCUCAACAACAUGCACUCUGAGCAGCUGCUGGCCUUCAAGGUCCAUUCCUGAAAUUUCCUCUAGUACUUGACGCCCCGACACAAACUAUAACGCCUGUGACGGGACCCGGGGGCCACGCGAACCGGCUCCGCCUCACCUCCCGCCCAAACCACACCUGCACCUCUAUGCUUCUCCCACGAGGCUUUGAGUUCCGUUCCUUCAGUCAUUAAAUUGAACUAAAGCUCAAACCUGACAUUCAAAGGGGGAAGAAGACCAUUAAAAAUGUUCUUGUACUGUACUGUAGGGCGUAACUGCCUGUGCAAUGGUAAUGCAUACAUACAGACACACUGAUUGAUGUAUAUGUUUCUUGUGUUUGUGUGUAGCAUACUGUACGUUGCAGCUGUACAAAUGUUAGAAGCACUUUUCUGUAUAGUGUAGUUUUUUGCAUUCAUAGUGCAAUAUGUGACUGCUUUUUGAUUUUGAGCUGUAUAGUGAGGAGUCGAGAAACUUGUGUAUACUUUUGAAUGGCACACGGUAAUGAUCGAACAGGUGCUGUGCUCACGUGAUAAGGGGAAGGUUGCAAACCUAAAAACCCCGGGACACUGAAUGGCCGACGAGGUCGGAUUCUCUUUGCAAGGCAGACGACAAUGAGAGGAAUGUGGGCUUGAAGCUGCUAAGCGUCCCAGCUUCCCAGCUUGGUCUCCAGAGAUUGAGCGAAUGUUGUCGAAUUUGAACAAAUUCGGGGAGCAACAGAUGGCGAUGUCUUAUAUCAGGCUUUUCAUGCAGUUUUUAUGUGCUAUGCUGUGUUUUCAUUUUUUUUCUAAAUUAUUUGGGCAUUGUGACAAAUCAAAUGUGUCAGUGCCACUCUAUCGCUUGCCGAUUUCUGCACAUGGAUCGCUGGGAAUGGAGAAGCACUGAGUAAACGAUAUCAAAUUCUGGACUUGUUUGAACAUCUUACAGAUGUGUUUUCUGUUCUCUUAUCUUUGUUUCCUUAAAGAAAACAGACGUGUUUCUGAGAUCCCCGUGUCUGCUGUCCUGUGCGUCCCAGGUCGGGUAGAGUUUUUCUACUUGCUCAGUGGUCGAGUCAGACACUUGAUGUUGCUGUCAGGCACUGGAUGGCAGAGCAGACGUCUCCCAGUCACCAGCAGCUCCCACUUGCUUGAAUAAACAUCCUUUCUGUUUUACGUGUACAGGCUUUAGCUGAGUGUAGUUAAGCUGAAUAGGUAGGACUAUUCCAUAUAAAAUAUGAUUGUAAUAUCAUUGAAGUGAUUGUAAUUUAAAGAAAUCAGCCGAGCCGAGGUGAUGGCUGAGUUGCUGGCGUUCAGAUAGUUUUGCGAUGCCAUCUUUUUGUUCCCUGUUGGUGAAUUCAGAAUGUCUGUCCUUUCAAUAUCCAGAGCUUCUGUCAUUGUGUUAACAGUGCUGACACGUAGUUCUGUUCUCCUCUGUGAAAGGAUUGCAGUAUGCAUAGAUUUCUAUAUAAAUACAUACAUACUAUCAUACAUACAUAACUGUAUAGAUGAAUAUAUCUAUAUAAAUAAAUUUUAUAAAUGCAGGUCACGUUGUGAA